AUGCUGCACCCAACAGACUACGUCGUCCCCCCAGGCUCUUUGAUCCUGGUCACCGGCGCAAACGGUUACAUCGCGUCGCAAACCAUCGACAUCCUGCUCCAGCGAGGCUACAAGGUCCGCGGGACGGUCCGCACGGCAAAACCCUGGCUGGAUAGAUACUUUACGGAGCGUUACGGGGCAGGUCGCUUUGAGAGCAUCAUAAUUACGAUGCUGGACGAGCUGGACAUGUGUCGUCGUGCAAUGCAAAAUGUUUCUGGAGUGCUGCAUAUCGCAUCCGACAUGUCCUUCAAUUCUGAACCCAAUGCGGUAAUCCCAUGGGUAAAGAGAGCGACAAUUCACCUCCUGGAAGCCGCCGCCAGUCAACAAUCUGUGACGCGAUUCGUGCUGACAUCGUCAUCUACGGCGGCACUGCUCCCGACGCCAGGUCAGAAGACCAUAGUCGAUGAGAAUACAUGGAACGAGGUCUCCGUCCACGCCGCCUGGGAUGAAUCAACGCCGCCCGAGACGAAAGCAUAUCAUAUCUACUCCGCCGCCAAAACCGAACAAGAGCGUGAGGGCUGGCGAUGGGUGAGGGAGCGCAAGCCCCGGUUCGAGUUCAGCACUGUCGUCCCGAACUCCAACUUCGGACGGGUCUUGCACCCUCAAAUCGCAGGGUCGAGUAUGAUCCGAAUGAGAAAUCUCCUACGCGGCGACGGCUCGGUCAUGGACGAGUUCCCUCCACCAGAAUGGUACGUCAACGUCGAAGACACGGCGCGACUGCAUGUCAUCGCACUACUCAGUCCCGCCGUGAAAGGGGAGCGCAUUUUCGCAUUUGCAUCGGAGUUCAACUGGACGGACGUGGUCAACAUCCUGCGCCGGCUGCGUCCAGACAAUGCCCUAAUCCCCGACCCGCCUGCCAACGAAGGCCGCGAUGCAAGCGAGAUCCUCCCCUCGCGCCGCGCAGAGGAUCUACUGCGCGAAUUCUACGGCCAGCCGGGCUGGAUUAGUCUGGAGGAGACCAUUGCUGCUGGAAUUGAGGACGUGCCGUAG